AUGACUUCUUCUGAUCCUAUGUAUGUUCCUUUUUUUGGGAUUAUGGGUGCUUCCGCUUCAAUGAUAUUCUGUGCUUUGGGCGCUGCAUUCGGUACGGCAAGGGCAAGCAUGGGCAUUUCUUGCAUGGCCUGUCGGAAGCCUGAGCUCCUGAUGAAAUCUCUUAUUCCGGUUGUUAUGGCUGGAAUAAUUGCAGUUUAUGGCUUGGUUGUCUCAGUGCUUAUCUCUCAGGAAGUUGACGUAACUUAUUCGUUGGAAAAAUCUUUAAGCCAUCUUGGUGCUGGUCUUAGCGUCGGGUUGAGUGGUCUCGCUGCUGGAUACGCCAUUGGAGUUGUUGGUGAUGCCGGCGUUCGUGCCUACUGCAAGGAGGCGAAGAUAUUUGUUGGCAUGAUUCUUAUUUUAAUUUUUGCGGAAGUUCUUGGUUUGUAUGGCUUGAUAUUGGCUCUCAUUCUUACAUCUAAGUAG